GAGAGGAUGUGCCCGCCCCGCGCCGCGCCGGCCACGCCCCGCGGCGCGCUGUUUGGGCGCCAGCGAUAACCGUCCCGUCGAGUGGUCUGCACUUUGAGAAACCCCCCCGCGGGAGCCCCGCAGGCCCAACGCAGCGUCACCAUGCUUCCCCUGGUGCGGUACACGAACAUCACGGGCGACGUGAGCCAGCAAUGCGUGUUCCUCGAGGACGCCAUGCAGGGCGACGCGAACCUUCUUCGCGUCGUGCUGGCCGCGCAGUUCCUGGUGUCCGUCGUCGUCGUGCUCGUCAACGUGUACACCAUCGCGGCCAUCUGGCCGCGGCGCAAGCGGCGCUCCACGCAGUCGCAGCUGUUCGUGCUGCAGCUCGCCCUCGCCGACGUGCUCUGCGGCCUCUCCAGGAUCUUUACGGUCAUCUUCUCCAUGGACUGCGGGCUGGCCGAGAUGGCCGCCACCUCCGAGCUCGUGUGCGUGGUCCCGUUGGUGUUCACAGUCUUCACGUGGACGCUCUCGGCCACCACGCUGGCCGCCAUCGCCGUGGACCGCUACGUGUGCAUCGUGCACAGCCUGCGCUACUACGAGUUCAUGAAAACGCGCCGGGUCAUCGCGAUCCUGGCCGGGCUGUGGGUCUUCUCGAUGCUGUGCUCCGGGCUGUACCUGACCACCUGGCAGUGGGUGGAGGGCCGCUACUGCGAGGAUCAGAACCUCAUCCCGCUCUGGCACCUGCUCGCCGUACAGAUUCCCAUCACCGUGCUCGUGCUGGUCGUGGUGACUGUGACCCACGUCACCAUCCGGCGCGAGGCGCAGCGGCACGCCGCGCGCAGCAACCCCGGCUGGGGCCCCGACAAGCACGCCAACAGCGCCUCGGUGCGCUCCGCCAAGAUCACCAUUCUGGUCGUGGCCAGCUUCGUCAUGUGCUACCUGCCCAUGCAGAUCUUUCAGGUGCUGUGUUACUUCGACGAGGAUGAGUUCACGAGCUGGGACUUCUUCGUCUUCGAAAUGUUCACCGGUCUGUGGUAUCUGCUCAAUCCCUUCAUCUACGCCUGGAAGAACGCCUCCAUCCGAGAGGACAUGGUGGUGCUGUGGAGGCGCAUCUUCAGGCGCUGCGUCCGCGAGCAGGACGUGCGCGAUCCCCCCACCCCGCCCCACGGAGCGCGCCGCUUCUGAAGGUUGUUGUUUGAGGAGACACAUUCGAGUUUGACAAAAGACGACGCUGUCAAUAGGGUUGUUCUUCACAACGCAGACCUGCUGUGUGUACUGCUGGUGAGGUUGCUGCGGAGCUCAAACGUUCACAGAGAGCUCCCUAGAUGCGUCGACAAAUUAACAAAAAAACAGUGAUCGUAUCUUUAAGAUUUAGUUUAUAAAAUAAAUGUGCUGCUGGCAGCUCAACAAGUCAAUGUUGCAUUUCUCUGGAAGAAGGCUUUUUGUUUAGUUCUUAAUUUUUUUACGUACUUGAUUUAAUUGCUCGAAAGUCGUGUUAGACUUUUUGUUGCAAGUCUCGUUGUGCUUCAACUUUCAACUAAAAUGAGAUGGAAUAAAUUUCUUGGCUGAAACUCUUAA